CAUCCACAGCCACUUGGCAGAUCAUGAGCUGCAGUACUAUGACAGCUGUACUAGUAUCACUAGGAGUGUACCUCCUGCUACAGCAGCCCGGAGCCAGUGGGGCGGCGCCCCCGGACACAGACCCCAGCGGCGCGGCCAGGGCACCCUCACGACGAAGAGUGCUGUUGUCGCCACCCCUACGCGCUCGCCUGGAGCCUGUACUGGGCGACUUGCUGAUAGACGACAACGAUGACCUACUAGACCUUGGCAAACGGACGUUCGACGACUACGGCCAUAUGAGAUUCGGCAAGCGAGGGGACCCUGAAGACAAAUUUGAUGACUACGGACACAUGAGGUUUGGCCGAGGCCAUGUCUAG